UUAUUUGUGGUCCUAAUGGCUGAAUCUAAAGAGGCCCAGAAUGACAACCAGAUGAUAGUGGUUACCACAGAAGACAUGGCUGCAAGGGCAGUAAACAAGCGAUACGAAGGGCUAACAACGGUUCGAGCAAAGGCGGUUAAAGGGAAAGGAGCAUGGUACUGGGCACAUCUCGAGCCCAUCCUCAUUCGAAACCCCGAAACCAACAACCCGAAAGCGGUUAAACUCAAAUGCAAUCUUUGUGAAGCUAUGUUCUCAGCUUCAAACCCAUCAAGAACCGCUUCCGAACAUCUCAAAAGAAGAACCUGCCCCAAACUCAACUCAGUUUUACCACCAUUAUCUUCCCCUUCCCCUUCAUCUCAAACUAACCGUAAGCGGUUCGCUUCUAUCGGCAGUUCAAACCCGGGUUCAAAUAACUGUCAUCUGUUGUUAUCUGGUGGAAAAGAGGAUUUGGGCCCAUUAGCAAUGCUAGAAGACAGUGUUAAAAAACUCAAAACUUCAAAACCUUUACCACAUAGUCCUCAACUAACCCGAGCCCAAAUCGAUUCAGCGCUUAACUUAUUAACCGAUUGGUUCUAUGAGUCUUACGGGUCAGUCUCAUUUCCAAGUUUGGAUCACACCAAGUUCAAAUCCUUCAUGACUCAACUCGGCCUGCCCGAACUUUCCCGACAAGAGCUUAUAUCUUCACGCCUCGAUUCAAAAUACCAAGAAGCAAAACUCGAAUCCGAAGUUAACAUUCGGGACGCAGAGUUUUAUCAGCUCGUAUCCAACGGCUGGAAACGCAAGAGUUUCGAGCAUGGAGAAGAGAGUCCCGCCCCCGGACCUUUCGGUUUGGUUAAGUUUAUGGUUAAUCUUCCUAACGGAACUACAUUGUUUCAAAAGGCGUGUUUUCCUGGCGGUGGUUUAACGUCGGUUCCUGCUGCUUACGCGGAAGAAAUCAUGUGGGAAACCGUCACGAAUACAUGUAAUGCAGCUCAAAAAUGUGUCGGUAUAGUGUCGGAUAAGUAUAAAACAAAGGCGUUGCGAAAUUUGGAAACUCGAAACCAUUGGAUGGUUAAUUUAUCUUGUCAGCUUCAAGGAAUUGGUAGUUUAAUCAAGGAUUUUCGCAAAGAUCUUCCGCUUUUCGCGACAGUUAUCGAUAAUUGCUUAAAGAUUAGUAGUUUGUUUAACAAUAAUUCUCAAGCUAGGAGUAUUUUAAACAAGUUUCGGUCACAAGAACCCGAAUUCUCCGUUUCUUUCGGAGUUUAUUGCGAAAAUUUACAAAACUUUUCGUCUAUCGCUACACUGUUGGACAGUGUUUUAACGAGUGCUCGGGUUUUACAUUUAGUUGUAACCGAAGAUUCGUAUAAACUUGUGGUUAUGGAAGAUUCUAGAGGCUCCGAAGUUGCGGAUUUGGUUCAAAAUAUGCGGUUUUGGAAUGACGUUGAAGCGAUUAACGCGUUAAUCAAAGUGAUUAGAGGCAUGUUCGACGAAAUUGAGGCCGAAAGACCGUUAGUCGGUCAAUGUCUUCCGCUUUGGGAAGAUCUGAGAGCCAAAUUAAACGAAUGGUGCGUAAAAUUCAGCAUUCAUAACGGGGCGGUUGAGAAAAUCGUCGAGAGGCGUUUUAAGAAAAACUAUCACCCUGCGUGGUCUACCGCGUUUGUACUUGAUCCGGUUUAUUUAACGAGGGAUGCGAGCGGGAAAUAUCUCCCGCCGUUUAAAUGUUUAACGUGUGAGCAAGAGAAAGAUGUGGAUAAUUUGAUUACGCGGUUAGUUUCACGCGAAGAAGCUCACGUUGCGUUAACGGAGCUUAUGAAAUGGAGGUCCGAGGGACUUGACCCUUUAUACGCGCAGGCGGUUCAAGUCAAACAACGUGACCCUUUUACCGGAAAGAUGAAAAUAGCGAACCCUCAGAGUAGUCGAAUCAUUUGGGAGACCGUGUUGAAAGAGUUCACCGUGCUUGGUAAGAUUGCGGUGAGGCUUUUGUUUCUUCAUGCGACGUCUUGUGGGUUCAAGUGUAGUUCGUCUUUCAUGAGAUGGGUGUGGGGUCAAGAAAAGGUUCAGUCAAGGGUUCAUCUUGAAAGGGUUCAAAAAAUGAUAUUCGUUGCAGCUCACUCGAAGCUUAAGAAACAAGAAUAUGGUAACGAUGAGGAGAAAGAGGUAGCGUUAUUUGCUAGCGAUGAUGAUGACAUGGUAAACGAAGCGUUUGUGGAUGAACACUUAUUGUAACGUUAUUUUCGCUUUUUUUAACUUCAUCAAU